AUGCGUUCUGGAGACUUACUAGUUGAAGUCGAUACCAAAAAACAGGCUCAAAAUAUCCUCAAACUGAAAGCUCUAGCCACCAUACCUGUUUCUGUAAGUCCUCACACAUCGCUCAAUUUCUCCAAAGGUGUCAUAACUUGCGGAGAAUUGUAUAACGUUCCUUUAGAAGAAAUAAGUUCAGAAUUAAAAAAGCAAGGUGUGACUAAUGUUCGCCAAAUUACAAUUCGACGAGAUGGCCAGCUCUUACCGACAAAGCAUUAUAUACUCACCUUUCACAGUCCCCAAUUACCCGAAUCCAUAUAUGCAGGUUACAUAAAGCUUCCAGUUCGCCAAUACAUUCCAAAUCCAUUAAGGUGUUUCCAGUGCCAGCGAUUUGGCCAUUCGAAGGUCAAUUGCCGCGGGACAGUCACUUGCGCCCGUUGUGCCGAAAAAGGGCAUGAUAGCCAACAGUGUACCGCACAAGAAAAGUGUAUUAACUGUGAUGGAGACCAUCCCUCUUACUCUCGAACCUGUUCGCGCUGGAAACUAGAGAAAGAAAUAAUUACCAUUAAAAUAAAAGAAGAUUUAACAUAUCCAGAAGCAAGGCGUAGGGUUGAAAUACAGACUCCUACUCCUGGAAUAAGCUAUUCUUCCGUUGUUAAAAAAUCAUUUUGCUCAAACUGCUCUUGUACCAACUGCAAGAAACAAAAUUCGACAACAAAGCCUCCAGAAAAAACAUCUGAAUCAGACUCUGAUAGUUCAACCAAAAAUGUUCCAGAUUCUUCUAAACAAGAUCCCGAUACACAUAGAAAAGCCCGUAAGAAUAAAUCUCAGACCUCACUGACGCUGAAACUCGCGAAACGUGGACUUUCGCAAAAAGAUCUUUCCGUAAAAUUCAAAAAAUCGAAUCUACGGAAUUCAGUCGCUUUGGGAUUAGCGAAUCAGAAUGUAGUCCAUAAGGAUUUAACCACCAUUUUUGGUGACACGCUAACCAACCCAGAUUUUAAGCUCCAUCCAUCUGAGGAUGAAGAUUCACUUGAUAUGAGUUGCGAAGAUCUAGCAACUCCAACAAAUGCACGUCCUCUUUCUUCAUCAAAACCUCUUUGA